AUGUUCACAGCCUCCCGAAAACAAAUCUACAUUGCGCUUUCAAACCAAGAUGACGACGAGGAGUCGCUCUUCGCGGGCCUGAGUCUGCCCUCAAAGUCAACGCUCUUCAGUAGCCUCUGCGUUGUCCUCGCUCUCCUCGCCUCCUUUAUCGCUGGGACAAUGUAUACGCCGGCCCAAUCAUCUGGUUAUAAAUAUGCACUUCACAGCAACGCAAACAGCGAAAGCGAGGAAGCGCCAUCCCACCUGAACAGAUUGGCGCACCGCAUUCCGCUUCGCGCUAUCGCUGGUGAGAUUGUACCCAAGUCGCCCUGGUCGAGGGAGCCGGAGUCCAGGGUUCGCGAGGGGGAGGGGGUGUGGAGUGAGUUAAUCCCUGCGGGGCUUGGCUAUUUCACGGAAUCGGUGGUGCCGAAUGGGGAUGACUCGACAGUGGUGAUUCCGGCGGCGUUUCACCAGCUGCAUUGUCUAAGGACUUUGCGGAGAGCCUACUAUGCUCGGCGAUGCGAGGAUGGGACUGAUGGCGGGAAGGCAGGAGAAGCUGCUGCUGUAGCACGGUGCUUUGAUUAUCUUGCUCAGAGCAUUGUGUGUGAGGCGGAUAGCACUGUUGAGCCGGUGCAUUAUGAGAGCGCGGGUGGGUUCCAGCGGCAGUGUUGGGAUUUUGAGGCACUCACGGAGUAUGUGCAGGACCGAAGGGUUUCGGGCGCAGAGGAGGCCUGA